GCAAACUUCAUUUAACACCACAGAAGAAGAGCUUCAAUCUGUUUUGUAACUGUUUGUUUUGAACACGUUGUUUUUGCUUUUAUUUAUAAUAACUAAGUUAUUUAAAAACGAAUCGACCCAAAUUACAUCAUAAAUUAACUUAUGGUCGAUCUUAAUACAUGGCUUUACAUUAUAUAAGCUACGACCUGAUGAAAAGUAGAACAUUUGUGUUUUGGCGUUAGCAAACGCUUAAGAGGGACCAGCUGAUGCUCGGGUGCUUGAUAUUGUAUUCUUGAGGCCACGUCAACGGCAUUGUACGCCAUAUUAUAGCUAUGAAUCGAAAACGAGCCCUCAUUUCAGAUACGUUUAAAGUGAAGAAAAGAAGAGUAUUUACAGAGAAGUUUGGGGCUACCAAUAAUAACGAUGGACCGAUGGACAUCAAAUCCACCCUGCUGGACCUUAUGACGCUGUUCCCCAGAAAGAUAUUCAAUGACACGUUGCCUCAAAUUGUGCUGAAGCAUCAACUUUACAGCAUACAUGACGACAAGACUAUAGUGGACAGGCAACUGAGCGAACUUCGGGAAAAGGGAGAGCUUUUGAUGUUUCAACUGGGCUUUGACUCUGAUGCAUUUGGACUUGUGUUCACUUCGGACUAUAAAGCCAAAGUUUUGGCAUCACAAGAGGGCCAAUACACAAAAGGAACGGUUGAGAGGUUCCUCGAGAGUGUGUUGCCUGCCUGUACGGAUCUGAGCUUCAACAAAGACCAGAUGCUGAAAGAGUUCCUCUUCACAGACUCUGCAAUAACGCAACUUGUGAAGUCGGGGGUCCUUACUGUGAGGGAUGCAGGCAGCUGGUGGCUCGCCAUCCCCAACUCUGGGAAAUUCACCAAGUACUUGAUACAGGGCCGUAAAGCAGUGCUCACCAUGAUAAAGAAGUCAAAGUAUAGCGAAGUAUUAAAAGAACAGCUGGAAGAAAGGCGUACCAAUGCUCAAGUGAAGUUCCAGAUGAAAUACCACAUCCAUGAUAUUGUAGGUGCAGAGUUGGUUCAAAGGAUUCCAACAACUUCAGGGACAUUGCUGCGCUUUGUUGACUGAAUAACUGGGACCAAACAUGUGGAUGAUCUCCUUUUGCCUAAAGUGAAUGCAUGUCAAAAUGAAGGCAUAUGAAUAUGUAUGAUUUUUUUUAUUAUUUUCAUAAAACCUUGUGGGUUUAUACAUUUUAAAAGGAACCUUAUUAGGUUUACAGAAUAGUUUGUAUUAAAGUUGACAUGUUAAGCAUUUAUUUGCCUUUGCAUUGUGUUCUAGUCUGCCAGACAAACAUGAUCCUGAUCUGGAGAUAUCUUGAUCACUCAACGCUUUCAAGUGUUUCACAUUCAUUCUGAAUUUACAUGACCAAUACAACAUAAAUAUCAAGAAUUAAAAAUGCAUGUCAAUCAAUACAUGGGCUUUCAAUUACUAUAGCCAUAAAACUUAAGGUCACAACAUGGGUGUAAACUGGAGUGUGAGGCCUCAUUACAUACAGUGGGCAUGUACCCUGAUCGAGUAGUUAAUACAUUUGUAAAUAUGCAACAUGAACAGAAAGGCAUUCUAAUCAUAAAUUUCAGCAUGACGCACAUACACUUUAAGAAUUGCAAAAAGCUAAGCUCUUAGGGAGAUUAAGGUAGUGUUAAUUGUAGGAGGUAAACAAUAAAUUCAUAGUGUUAAUUUCACGGUACAGUGAGUGAACUUAGUGAAGGAACAAAUAAACCAAACAAUGAAAAAAAUGUAUAUUACACCAUAAUUGACAGGAGCUUGGAUGCUGUCAAUGGGUGACGACAUCACCAGCAAUGGUACUGCUAUAAUCAAUUGUGCUACGAAAACAAGUAAAAAAAAUGCCCAUGUUUAGACCAAAGGCUACUCUGGUUUUGUUACCCUUCACCCAAAUAUAGUUAAAUAACCUAAUA